GUAAGUCAUAAUCGCCUGCCUACCCUUUAGUUUAGCUACAACACUGUAGUAUGUGAAUAGUAGCAGGCAACACGAAUUUCGCUCCUCAUAUUGAUUUCUUUAUAUGUCUUUUAUUUACAAUAUUCAUGGUUUUGUCAGCCAGUAGUGGUAUUUAGGCUUCAAAGUAGAUACAUUGGUAUUUUAGUUAGCUUGUCAUAACUUGCGCAACGACUUCAGAUACGUGCAAAGUCUCGGGACAAGGCAGCAACUAGACUUUUGGAAGGACAGAUUUGACAUAACUUUCAGACUCAUUUUCACCAGGUUGAACUCUUCGAUAGCUUCUAUGUUCCUUCUAUAGGCUAGUGUUGGACAGUUCUUUUGGCGUAUGUGUCUGUUUGUCAUAUUCCCUCUGGAAGUCUAUGGAGAGAAGCUGUUCAACUUGGAUGUUAUCCUCACGCGACUCUGGAUUUAGUUACGUACUGUGAGACGUACACGCGUAACCCCAGAAGCCAGACGUUGAAUGUUGACUUUACGACAAGAAUAGUCGAAAACACCUGACUUGACCCGAUUUGAAUGCCUGUGCAAGGAUUUUGUUGGUUUCUGUGCUGCAGGCAGGGUUUCAAUUUGCUCGGACGGGACUAUGGGGAGAAAGAGGAGGAAGAAUCUUUUGAGUUGCGCAACAAGGAGGAUCUGACUUGCAACGGACGUGGUCCACUUGAGGUGACUCUCUCUCAGCCGACUCGCACAGCCAAUGGGACAAACGGACACAGUCUGUCAGAGGUUCCUGAUGAGAUGAAGAGUCUGAUCAUAGAGAAGAGCAAGAUGGGCCUGGAAGAAGACCCCGAGCUGCUUGUCAAAGGCUGGCUGUUCCGGGAGGUGUGUGGAAGCUGGAUCAAGCAGAGGUGCUACUGGUUUGUACUGAGCCUGGACUCCUUAGACUACUACAGCAGCUCAGAGAGAGGAGCCCGCAGACUGGGAACACUGGUGCUCACCAACCUCUGCUCUGUCAUCUGGCCAGACAAACAGACCUUCAAGGAGACGGGGUACUGGAGCAUCACAGUGUAUGGGCGUAAGCACUGCUACAGGCUGUACACCAAGCACUUCAACGAGGCUGUGCACUGGGCCUGCGCUGUCCAGAAGGUCAUCGACACAAAAGCCCCCGUGGAGACGCCCACUCAGCUCCUGAUCCGAGAUAUCGAGGAGAACAAGUUUAACCCUGAGGUGGUAGAUAAUAUCUACCAGCACAACCCCAUCCUGAAGCACACCCAGAGCCCCCUGUAUGCCCCCCUGUUGCCCUUCCCUUACGGCAGCUUGGAACACACCUACCACAGUGGUAAGGGCUAUGCCACGGUGCGGGAGGAAGCGGUGAAGCUCUUCAACUGUCUGCAGCAGCUGGAGUCUGCGCGGGACCCGGUGCCUCUGAUCCAGGGCGUGCUGCAGACCUGUCUGGACCUGCGGCCGCUCCGGGACGAGGUCUACUGCCAGCUGGUGAAGCAGACCAGCUGCACGCCGCAGCCCCACACCGCCGCACACCUCCGCUACUGGCAGCUCCUCACCUGCAUGAGCUGCACCUUCCUGCCCGGCCCCGCCGUGCUUAAAUACCUGCGCUUCCACCUCAAGAGGAUCCAGAGCCAAUUUCCGGAGUCUGAGAUGGAUAACUAUGCGUCGUUCAUCGGGGAGGCUCUGGAGAAGACACGGUGUCGGGAAUGUGUUCCCUCCUGGGAGGAGAUCCAGGUGCUGAUGGGGAGACAGGAGAUGCUGUGUACAGUUCACUACCCAGGACCAGGCUCCUGUCAGCUCCACAUCAGCUCACACACCACCGCCAACGAGGUGGUGAGGAGGAUGUUGGAGAAGCUGGGUCUGAAGGAGAGCAGAAACACAUUUUCCCUGUUUGAGCAGAACGCCCACUGGGAGAGAGCUGUAGGGGGCAGCACCAUCAUCGCUGACAUCCUCACCAGGUUUGAAAACCUGUCUGCCAAAGAGCCAGACUCAGACUCCCAGUGGAGGCUUUGCUUCAAACUCUACUGCCUUCUGGAUGCUGACACCAUAUCUGUUGACAGUAUCGAGUACCUCUUCCUCUUUGAACAGUGCCAUGAGAUGGUGGUGCGAGGUCAGCUCCCAGCCUGUGAGGAGGACCUCCAGACCCUGGCUGCCCUGCGGCUUCAGUCUGUGAUCGGGGACUUCAGCACCCACUCCCCCUGCCCCCCUCUGGACGAGCUCUUCCCCGGCCACAUGGUGGAGGCACGGCUCCUCAUGCCCCCCUGUGCCCCCCCCGCCCUCCUCCCCGGCACCCAGCCCCCGGGCCAGGGCUGCCCCAGCGCUUCCCCGGGGGUCUCCUGGGAGGGGCGUUGUGGAACCAUACGGCCACUGCAGCCCACAAGCAGAAGGUGGAGCAGAACCUGCGGCUACGCAGCCGUCUGAAGGAGGAGGCUGCGGCCAUCAUGAGCACCAUUGUGGAGUGCUGGAAGGGCCUGGCCGGGUACAGCAGGAGGGACAGUAUGACUGCCUACCUCACCAUCGCACGCCAGUGGUCUGGCUUUGGCUGCACACUCUAUGAGGUGGACUUCUAUAUUAGUUCGACAGGUAGUUUCUCUCAGAAGCUGUGGCUGGGUGUGGCAGCGACGUGUGUGUCUCUGUACAGGCAGGGCGAGGCAGAGGCUCUGGAGUCCUUCCCCUACGGACAGAUCUGCUCCUACGGCGUCUCCGACAGCAACACCUUCAAGAUCACCGCCGGCGACCGAGACCUGCUGUUUGAAACUACCAAGCUGACUGAGAUCAUGCAGCUGAUGAAUGCCUAUUUCAGUGCCAUCCGUCGCCAGCGUGGGAGGGGCGACGACGUGGUGAGCAUCACAGAGGGCACUGCCAUCGAGGUGGGCUUCCACCACCUCCCCCCGAUACCCACCCCCACCCUGCUGGAGCUGCCCUCGCACCCCGUGUGAAGAGCGCCCCUUCCCCCUGUCCUCAGCUCACACGCAGCCUCCUCGGAGCCCAGCCCCAGCCUAGUGGACCCUGCGCCUGCUUCCUCCACCUCCUCCACUGGGAACAGCACCACAGCCAAAACAAAGAGAGGGCUGUUUUUACUCCUCAUCCGUGAAAAUAAACCUCGCUGAGAGUUCCAACUGAAGGAGCGAGAAGGGGAGGAGCCUGUUUUGUAAGUGAGGCUAGAAACGCACAGAACCCAAUGUGGGUGCUGAUGAGGUGUCACCACCUCCCCCAUCCUGCCACACAACCUCUGUUCUCACAUGGGAGAUCCGGCACCCCGACAACGUGAGGCACGGGACCCGAAGCUGUGGCUCCUUAUCUCCUAGAUCUCGCAGGGCCAUACUUCAGGGAGACACACUGUUGCCUAGACACAAGAGUUCAUCUACAGUUCCCCAACCAGUUACACCGCUCACCAAGAGACACGGAGCAGAGCAGAGAACAAACUGCUUGAGGGAGCGCUGUGAACGUGCCUCUGCUAUGUUGUUCUACAUGUCGUGCUCUGCCUUUCCUAGAAGAUUAUCGCCCUUUCCUAGAAUAUCCCUCAUGCAAUAGAAAGGGGGGGGUGGAAUCAGACUGACUGACUCACACCCACACUUUCACCUCCUCUCUCUCGCACACACACACUCUGAAAGGGUCUGUUUUCAUAAAGACCCCAGCCAGGCUUGCGUUACCUAGAACUGUCGAUGUAGCAAGCCAUGUGAACUGGAACUUGAACCAGAUGAUGGAGCUCAGUAAGUCACUCUGGCUGUCAUGGACAGAACUGCUCCUGCUGGUACUGUCUGCUGGGUGGAGAGACUACUGGAUGGGACACGUUGAUUGGACGAGACUACAGGAUGGGACACUUUGAUUGGACGAGAUGUUAUAAAGGACCCAGCCUAAUGCUGUGUAACAGAAACUAUAGGAUCUUGGGCUAUGACUUGUCUGUUGGUUCUACCAAACACUCUGAUCCCCCCCCCCCCCCCCCCCCUUGUCAACUUGCUGCUUGCCCGAGCUAUCACCCCAACAUGAAACUAUGGCUAACACUUGGCUAAUACUUGAUAGGAGCAUUUUAAAUGUCUUGUCUGUUCAUUUUUAAUAGUUAAGUGAUCCAAUUUUGAUCUUAUAUCUAGGCCUAUACCUACAAUUUAAGGGUGGAACUGUUAUUUCCCAGUCUCUGUUUCAGUGGGGAACAUAUUCGGUGUGGAUGGAAAUUAGCUGUUUUAAGUCUGCACUCUGAAGAAUUGAUGUACUAACCUAACCCCCAGCCAGUAACAUGGACCAUCACAACCACAAUGCAGACCCCUGUCUUUUCUCUGCUGUGCCGACACACAGAACCAAUGCUGUCCUGACUAUUGAUGCGUUCUUAGUAUUAUUUAUGUACACACUUUGUGACACAUUGUUUGGUGUAGUCUUUUUAUUUCAUCCAUUUUGUAUGUCUUAAAUGAGGACCUAGCUGUUUUUGUGUUUUUUAGUUUUUUUUAGUAUGGCUUUGAAAUGAUCCCAUUAAUGUCUCAUCUAGAUCCAUUAGGUCACUGUACUGAUCAGCCAUGUGAUCCUAUAAAAGCUUAAGGGCUCUAUUCAAUCUGUAUGGUGGAAGUUCAGCGUUACAGCGUGAUUGAAAUGUAACGUUCCCACAUUAGCGGAGACUGCAUUCACGGUAAACGCUGCAUGAGUCUACUCAAUCGGAAAUGACAUUUCUAUCGUACCAUCUGUAACACUUCAGCGACAGAUUGAAUAAAGCCCUAAGCUACCUUAUUGCCACAAACCCACAGCACAUUGCCCUUCUGUGUUCACUACUUGGCUGGUAGACUUUGUCCAAGUUCAUUAAAGUAACCAAAAAGUUGUGUUUUGAGCAUGGACCAAAGAUAAGUUCUGCUGUAAGCUUUCUCCAGAGAAUAUACCCAGACGUUAGAUAGUUGCACCUCAAAUGUUACACCCCAACGUCAUUUAGACCAAUAUAAGUUUUAGUUAUGUUGUAAUACAGAAGUCUAUUAGGAACCCUGGCUGUGGUGAGCUUUCAUUUUCCCUAACCCGCCUGCCCCUUAUACCUGGCAGCCAGACUUGGUCUUCCUCAGGAGGAAGGACCCACCAUGGCACAGCCAGCCCUGCCUCCUGCCCAUACGAUAUGCAGGCAGUCACUGUCCAGUCAAGCCGUCGCUUUUUAUACUGCAGCUGCAGGCAGCUACGCUCACGGUCUCAGAGAUCCCUCCCUCCGUGUAACUAUGAAAAGGAAGACCGAGUCCAACCUAAAGCUGGCUUUGUUUAAAGCUUGUUUGUACACCGCAUGGUACCUUCUGUAUGUAAUGUGUGUAUAGUCAAUUGCACUAUUGUUUUUUAACUAACUUGGAUGUGCAAUAAGUAAACUAUAAGGACUAUGUAAUUCAUUAAAAAGCAGCACCAUUGUACCAUA